AGAGAGAGAGAGAGAGAGAGAGAGAGAGAGAGAGAGAGAGAGAGAGCAAGAGAUGACACCUCGCACACAGUGUCAGUCAGUAAGCGUUCACAGCAGGCCGUGCCAGUUCAGCGGUACAGGUGGUGCAGGUUGGUGAGGGGGUCCAACACUUGGCUUGCCAGCUCUCGCAUUUUGUAGAGCGUAGAAGAAGAGUCAGAAAGAGCGUCCACUGACAUCGUGUCAACGGCGCCGCCGACAACCUUUUGGGGCUUUACCUCGCCAAGUGGAACCCCGGGACCUCACCUGGACACACCGGCAACCCAGAGAAAGGGCUAGGCCUCCGGGAGAACGUACAGGGUGAAGAGAGCGAGAGACAGAAGGAGGAGAGGCGAGAGAGAGAGAGAGAGAGAGAGAGAGAGAGAGAGAGAGAGAGAGAGAGAGAGAGAGAGGGGGGGAAGCCUUGGCGGAGCAGUAGCACAAGGUGGAAGGGACUUUAGAGGGAGGGCCCACAGCAGGGUGAUGGAGGAGCUGUCUGUUUACCACAAAGCCAUCGGCAAGGAGGAAGGCGAGCGACGGCUGGGCCAGGACGGACGGGAAGGCUGUUACCUCAUCCGCAACAGCGAGACCAUGCCUGGGGUCUACUGUCUGUGCGUGCUGUGCAAGGGUUUUGUCUACACAUACAGACUGCGGCUGGAAGUGGACGGCUCAUGGACAGCAGAUACCGCUGAUGGUGUGGAAAAACGGCAUUUCCGGAAUAUCGCAAACUUGAUACUGGCCUUACAGAAACCUGACCAAGGGAUUGCGAUACCGCUGUAUUUCCCCGUCACCCCCGAUCGCUGGUCAUUGGCCCAGAAGAUCCGGGCUGAGGUCACCGAGAAGCGUGAAACGAUGGAAGUGUCGUCCGCCUACAGCGAGCAUAAUCCCCCACCGGGCAAGAGAUACAGCAAGAUCAUGCUGCGCUAUAAGAUACAAUGUGUAAAGAAAAAAUAAAAGCCCACGGAGCAACACCAGUGGGUAGGGGAUACUCGCUGGGGAGCUUCUGUGUCGGUGGUUGGGGAAGGGGUUUAUUGUAAAUGUUAAAUGUUAAUAUUGUUAAUAGUGUGAUGGCUGGAUUUUAUUUCUUUACUUUGUUUGCGUUUGUCUUACAAAUAUCAACAAUAUCCUGGUGUUUCAUUUUGGAUUAAAUAAACAAAACGUGUUUGUUGAA